AUGGCGUCGGACGAGCGGCUGGCUCGUUUCCGCCAGGCCCACCUCAACCCUUUCAACAAGACCCCAGAGGAGCAGGAGCAGCACCCCGAGGGGGAGAACCCCACACCAGGUAGGUGCUCACCCCCCACAGUGCCCCAUUGCCAGGGGGCCCCACAGCCAGACCCAUCCCCAGGAGACCCCGAGGGUGCCCUUGACCUAGGCCUGGCUGAAGACCACUUCUCCCGGCCUGUGGGUCUGAUCCUGGCUCAAGAUGUGGGGCAGCUGUGCCAGGCCAUUGAGGAGUGCAAGCGGGUGAUCCUGGCGCUGCCUGAGCACUCAGAGCGGCAGAAGGAUGCAGUCGUGCGGCUCAUCCACCUCCGCCUCAAGCUGCAGGAGCUCAAGGACCCCGAUGAAGAUGAGCCAAACAUCCGCGUGGUGCUGGAGCAUCGCUUCUACAAGGAGAAGAGCAAGAGCGUGAAGCAGAUGUGCGACAAGUGCAGCACCAUCAUCUGGGGCCUCAUCCAAACCUGGUACACCUGCACAGGCUGCUACUACCGGUGCCACAGCAAGUGCCUGCCACUGGUGAGCAGGGUCUGCGUGCGGGCCAAGGUCAGCCACCAGGCUGAGUACCAGCUCAGCAUCUGCCCUGAGAGUGGGCUGGACAGCCAGGACUACCGCUGCGCCGAGUGCCGGGCACCCGUCUCCCUGCGGGGGGUGCCCAGCGAGGCCAGGCAGUGUGACUACACCGGUCUCUACUACUGCAGCAGCUGCCACUGGAAUGACCUGGCUGUGGUGCCUGCUCGUGCCAUCCACAAUUGGGACUUUGAGCCCCGCAAGGUGUCGCGGUGCAGCAUGCGGUACCUGGCGCUGAUGGUGUCACGGCCUGUGCUGAAGCUGCGGGAGAUCAACCCACUGCUCUUCAACUACGUGGAGGAGCUGGUGGAGAUCCGGAAGCUACGCCAGGACAUCCUCCUGAUGAAGCCCUACUUCAUCACCUGCAAAGAGGCAAUGGAGGCACGGCUGUUGCUGCAGCUGCAGGACCGCCAGCACUUUGUGGAGAACGAUGAGAUGUACUCACUGCAGGACCUGAUGGACAUCGAGGCCGGGCGCCUGAGCUGCUCCCUCACCGAGAUCCAUACCCUCUUUGCCAAGCACAUCAAACUGGACUGCGAGCGCUGCCAGGCCAAAGGCUUCGUCUGCGAGCUCUGCAAGGAGGGUGAUGUGCUCUUCCCCUUCGACAGCCACACCUCGGUCUGCACAGGCUGCUCCGCCGUCUUCCACAGGGAUUGCUUCUACGACAACUCCACCACCUGCCCCAAGUGUGCCCGGCUCAGCCUGCGCAAGCAAUCCCUCUUCCAGGACUCCGGCAUCACCGAGGCAGAGCCAUAAUGGGGGAGCUCAGCUGCACAACUGCCUCACGGCUGCCCCACCACCCACCAUGGGACAGACAUGGGUCAUUCAGGACCCUUGGGCACAAUGGCACUAGCCCAGCCCAGCAGGAGCUGCUGGACCCCAGCCCAGACACACUCUAUGAGAAUAACGCUGCUGAUCUGUGGGGAACACACCUGGUUUCCCCCUGCCUCACCCCACAGACACCCCUUUUCCCAGGGCUGAGCCCCCCAGGGAAUGGGGUGGAGGGGGUCAGGGCU